AUGGAACUCAACCGAGAAUAUUUUCGCGCCAUAAUUUAUUACAACUUUCAGAGACAAUUGUCGCAACAAGAAUGCCGUGCUGAGUUACUGUCUGUUUUCGGCAACGAAGCGCCACAUCAGUCGACAAUUUCCCGUUGGUAUGGAGAAUUCAAACGUGGACGGGUGAGUUUUAGCGACGAUUCCAGGGUGGGUGCACCCAGGAAAAUGUCCAUGCUGUAUAGACAUGUGACAUAUCGCGAGAUUGACGCGUCCUUGGAGAUCUCAAAGACCUCAAUUCACAAAAUUUUACAUGAAGAAUUAGGAGUAAGAAAAAUAGUUUCUCGUUGGAUACCCCACCUGUUGACUAAAGAGCAGAAAGCAGCCAGGGUUAAUUGGUGUCAAAAAACGCUUGACCGUUUCAAUUCCGGAAACUCAAAAAAUGUGUACAACAUUGUUAGUGGUGAUGAAUCGUGGAUUUACUGUGAAGAAAAGCCAACGAAAGUCAUCCGUUCUCGAAGUGUUUCGAAAAAGAUGGUCGCGACAUUUGUGUCAAAAGCGGGUCAUAUUGCAACAAUUCCUCUUAAUGGGCAAAGAACUGUAACUGCGGAUUGGUAUACCACCAUUUGUUUGCCAAAAGUCAUCACCGAGCUUCGAAAAAUGAACCCCGAAAGAAGAAUCAUCCUCCACCAAGACAAUGCAACCUCGCACACAGCCCAAAAAACAAGGCAUCCUGAUCUAACAAACGAGUGGAAUAAGUGCUUCGAAAAUUGGUUUGAGCGCAUGCAGAUGUGUAUUAAUCUUCGUGGAGAAUACUUCGAAAACUACCUACCAGUGCAAAGAAGUUGGUGCAGACAACGGUCACUCUGGGAUCAGGAAUGGAACAGUAUUGUCUUUAGUGACGAGUCUCGAUUUUGUUUAGGCAUGCACGAUGGUCAUGCCAGGGUUAGAAGGCGACGUGGUGAAAGGAGGAAUCCACAGUUUUUUGUUGAAAGACAUGUUCAUCACACUGUUGGAGUUAUCGUUUGGGGUGCUAUAGCUUAUGGUUCCAGGUCAUCUUUAAUCUUCAUCAGAGGUAACAUGAACGCGCAGCGUUAUAUCCACGAAGUUCUAGAACCCCAUCUUUUACCCUAUCUUGACACCCUAGCAGAUCCAACUUUCCAACAAGAUAAUGCCCGACCACAUGUUGCUCCUCAGACUCUAGAAGCACUUCGAGAGGAGUUGGUGGUUGCCUGGAAUGAGAUACCACAGGAGGACAUUGACCACCUGAUCAGAAGCAUGCCUAGGCGCGUUGGAGAAUGCGUAGCACAUCAGGGUGCAUCCACACAUUAUUAA